AUGGCCAGUCCUGGGCUGGAGCUGGGGGAGGUUCAGUCUCCUGCCGAGCCCCCCCAGCCUGAGCUGGCCUUCACCGAGGCUCAGAAGUGGAUCGAGCAAGUGACCGGGAGAAGUUUUGGUGAGAAAGAUUUUCGUUCUGGAUUAGAAAACGGCAUUCUUCUGUGUGAGUUGCUGAAUGCGAUAAAGCCAGGAUUGGUAAAAAAGAUCAAUAGACUGCCGACCCCCAUUGCAGGUUUGGAUAAUAUCAUAUUAUUCUUAAGAGGCUGCAAAGAACUGGGACUUAAAGAAUCUCAGCUUUUUGAUCCUGGUGAUCUGCAGGACACAUCAAACAGAGUAACCAUCAAGAACAUUGACUGUAGUAGGAAGCUGAAAAAUGUAUUAGUCACCAUUUAUUGGCUAGGGAAAGCAGCAAACAGCUGCACGUCAUAUAGUGGAUCAACCCUGAACCUGAAGGAGUUUGAAGGCUUCCUGGCACAAAUGAGAAAGGAAACAGAGGAUAUUGAGAGCCCCAAGCGCAGCAUUCGUGACAGUGGCUACAUAGACUGCUGGGACUCUGAGCGCAGUGAUUCCCUCUCCCCGCCUCGCCACGGCAGAGAUGAUUCCUUUGACAGUCUGGACUCCUUUGGCUCCCGCUCACAGCAGACACCAUCUCCAGAUGUAGUGCUCAGAGGGAGUAGUGAUGGGAGAGGAAGUGACUCGGAAACUGACCUGCCACACAGAAAGAUGCCAGAUGUGAAAAAAGAUGAUAUGUUGGCAAGGCGGACCUCACACGGUGAACCUAAAUCAGCUGUGCCUUUUAACCAGUACCUCCCAAAUAAGAGUAAUCAGACUUUCUAUGUACCUGCUCCACUUCGGAAAAAGAAAGCUGAACGAGAGGAGUAUCGAAAGAGCUGGAGCACAGCGACUUCACCGCUAGGAGACAGACCUUUCAGCAAACUCCACCCUGAAACCAUAGAAGAAGAACUGAAUGAAACAUCAGGACUGUGUGAAAAGGAGAAAGUGGAUUCCAUGGCUCCUGAGGGAAGCUCCCUUAAAAAUCAAUUAGGUGUGAAUCAAAGUGAAGAAAACUCCAUAGACCAGUCUUCUUCAUGUAGUGCAAAAGAAACAUCAGCACCCAAGGGGAAAGAUGUGGAAGAGAUUAAAAAGUUAAGAAGACUUGAACAAGCUGGUAUUAAGGUCAUGUCAGCAGCCCAGCGCUAUGGCAGUAAAAAGCCAAUAUGUGAAGACAGUGGAAGCAUCCCAGACAUCAUCCUUCGCAAGGACAACCCAUUCAUGACACAUUAUCAAGGAAAGGAUUCUGGUUCAGAAGAUGAAGCAGCCAGCAGAGUUCCUGAUUUAGAAAAGGAUGACUUUGCCACCAGGAGAGCCAGAAUGAAUCAACCCAAACACAUAGUUCCAUUUAACUCUUUUUUAGUUGGACCCUAUACAAGUAAAGAGAAAGGUAAACUGGAAGAUAUUAAAAAGCCAUUGCAGAUGGAAAAAAAGGAACAUGCAAGAAGAAGACGAGUACACAUGACAUCAGUAAGGCAAAUAGUUACAAGCAAAGAGAACCCACUUCUGCAAAAUGAGAAGACUGAGUCAGAGGAGGAACAGCAGGUGAAAGAGGUUGAUAAUGAGAGAGAUGAUUUGGUGAAACAGAAAUCUCCAAGCGUCCUUCCUCAGCUACAAGAAGAUGUGCUUUUUGUCAAUGCCUCUAUAACAAAAGCAGAUCUGGAGACCUGGAAAAGAUUGAAACUGUCAGGGGAGGCCAGUGAAGAAGAUUUCAGAUGUUCCAGCAACACUCUGCCACCAACUGAUACCACAGUGAAAGCCCAUGAUGAUUUUGCUGUCCGCAAAACCAGAGCAAACAAAAAGGCUGGUGGCCCCAAGCAGAAGUUUGUGCAUUUUGGGCCAGUAACUGAGAUUGAUCAACAGAAAUGGGACAAGCUCGUUAUUGGCAGAGCUUCAUCUAAGAGUGGAACAGAAGAGGAAAGCAAGAAAGACGGUGUGGAGAGUCUCGCUGGUUUUGAAAGCUCUCCUUCAACCACUGCUGCCAGUCUUGGGUUUGCUGAACACAGCAGUGAAGUAUCUGAGCCAGAAAAUGAGUCCAGUGAGGGAGGAGUCAAGUUAGAUACAGAUGACUCUUGCAGGAGAAUUCCAUCACCUGUACCAGCUUCUGAUGUCACCUCUGAGAACCAAACCCCACGGAGUGUGAGCAAACAGCAAGAAAGCACCAGGGAAGAAUGUGACAGGAAUUUACCAGAUAUUGAGAGAGAUGAUAUGUUGGUUAGAAGGAUGGGAACAUUUUCAAGGCGUGCCACAAGCUCCAUUCCCAUAAAUUGUCCUCCCCUGUCAGUAGCUCCUUAUCGGCUGCAGCAGCAGCAAGAGGAAGUUGUAGCUCAUGAAAAGGAUUUGAAGACUCUGCAGGAAGGAGAAAGUACUAUCAGACAAGAAGAGAGCCAAGAACAGCUUGAAAUCCCACAGCUGCAGAGUGAUGGAACAGAAAACAACAUGAAAUUUCCAGACCCACAAAGAGAUGACAUGUUAGCCAGAAGAACUGGAGCUUUUCUUAAACAGCCUGGGCCCAGUGUUAAGCAAUUCCUUCCCAUGCCAUUUUCAAAGAAGCAGAAUAAGCAGGGCACAGCUACAGAACUUGAGAAGAAAAUCAUGAGGCCUGAAAAAUGUCCACAAAUCUACACUAAUAGCUCCGAAAAACCAGCAGUAGAACCACCACAAGAGCAGCAGCAAGGGCAGGAGGACAGUCUCCCAUGUACAGGACAAGAUGAGGUGAUUAGUACUGCCCAAGUGGCUGAAGAUGGUCACAAUGAAGUCCACCUUGGUCAAACACCUAAGCUUCAGGAGGUUCCUGAGGAAAAAAAACUGGAAACACUUUCAUCCAAGGAUGAGCAUCUGAAAACGUAUUCGGCCCCAGAACUGCUGUGUCUGAUGACGCAGAACUGGACCUGUUGUUAUUUACCCCUGGCUCAGCAGCAUAACAAAGCUCGACAUGAGAAGCUGCAGAAUGUACACAACCAGCUGAAAGAGGACGAGACCAGAUGGCAAGAUGACCUGGCUCGGUGGAAGAGCCGUCGAAGGAGUGCUUCACAGGAUUUGAUUAAAAAGGAGGCUGAGAGAAAGAAAAUGGAGAGGUUAUUGGCUGGAGACGGAAUGAGUGAGCGCAGAAAAAGCAUCAAAACCUACCGAGAAAUCGUGGAGGAGAAAGAGAGAAGGGAGCGGGAGCUUCACGAGGCAUACAAGAAUGCAAAGACGCAGGAGGAGGCUGAGAGCAUCCUCCAGCAGUACACUGAACGAUUCACUAUCAGUGAAGCUGUCCUUGAGCGUCUGCAGAUGCCAAAAAUUCUGGAAAGAAGCCAUUCAGUGGAACCAAAUUCCCCACUGAAAGACCCAAAUCCUCUGAGAUAUUUAAGGCAACAGUCACUUCCUGCUCCAAAAUUCACUGCCACAAUUGAAGCAACCAUUGUUCCCACCACUGAACUAGAGCCCAGCAGUUCAACAGGACGCACAUCUCCCAGCAAAAGUGUCUCCAAGGCUGUGCCUAUGCUGACACCCAAGCCUUACUCACAACCCAAAAAUACACAGGAAGUUUUAAAGAACUUUAAGGUAGAUGGAAAAGUCAGCAUGAAUGGAGAAAAUAUCAACGACAUGGAAGAAAAGGAUAAAGAAUGUACAACAGUAAUAUUUACUCCUUCACCAACCAGAUCUCUGAAAUUUGAUGGAGUAGCCAGAGGGGACAAGCCCCCAGUAGAGUUGAAGAAGGACCCCCCAAGUGUUGAGCUCAGUUUACAGAGGCCUGCCACUCAGAGUGUGCACAAAGAGCCAACAGCCUCCCCGGUGGAAUUGGAUGGAGCUGACAGCCUGCAAGCCGAGCCCAGCCCCAGCAGUGAGGCACCUGCUCCCCUGGAGUGCCCAUCCCCAGAUUUAGAUCAAAAGCAAUUCAAGUCAACUGCAACUUGUGCCAGCCCUGUUGUGAAGAGAUUUCUUCCCAGUCCUGUCCCUUCAGAGGAAACUGCUUCAAGCAAGAAAGACGUGAAGAAAGCUGAAAUAGAGCAACAGAAGGAAGCAGAACUCCCUCCUACACAAGAGGUGAUUAAAGCAAAAGCCCUGGAAGAAAAGGGGAGUGUAGUGCUGCCAUUUUUAAAGAAACUACCCGAAACCAGCCAAGUUACUCUGCAUAACUCUGGUCUGCAAGCUGAUUCUGAUACUGGUGAUAAAUCAAAUCGUUUCAAUUUUUGGGCCUGGGAUCCAGAAGAAGAGCGAAAGCGCCAGGAAAGGUGGCAGCAUGAGCAAGAACGCUUGCUUCAGGAGAAGUAUCAGAAGGAGCAGUGCAAGCUGAAAGAGGAAUGGGAAAAGGCCCAGAGAGAAGUUGAAGAGGAAGAGCGUAGAUACUAUGAGGAGGAACGCAAGAUAAUUGAGGAUACUGUAGUUCCAUUCAUUGUUUCUUCAAACUCUGCUGAGCUCCUCUCAUCUUCUUCCUCUACCACUGAAGGAAACAAGACAGUGAACUCAACUGAUUCAAACAGCUGUCCAGGGGAAGGUAAACAAAAUGAAGUUGCAAAGCAGAAAAAGGUGCUCUGGGAGCAGGACAGUAUGUCAUCUCUGAAAAGCAAGGAAAGUGAACUCUGGCAAGAAAAGAGGAGUGGAAACAAAGUGCUCUCAGGAUACCCAGAGACUGGUAUCUUGAAAGGAGGAAGUGAACAGGGGCACUGUGUGCCAGCGAUGGAGCACAGCUCACCUGCCAGACUGAAUCUGCCACUGACUCAGGAUGAGAAUGUCUCCUGGAAUCAGCAGUUGCUGACAAAGAGAUCUCCACAGUGCCCAGAGGACAUUCGGCAAAGACCUUUCCUGGGCCAGACUGUGGGACAGCAAACAAGCUCCACAGGGGAAGCAAGGAGGGUUGGCUAUCAUGAGAACUUCCGAUCUGGGCCAUCAUCUCCCUGCUCUCCUGCUGCUCUAAGUCAGUCACCCAACAGGUCUGUCAGCGGGAAGAAGCUUUGUUCUACCUGUGGUCUCCCUCUUGGAAAAGGAGCUGCCAUGAUUAUUGAAACACUCGGUCUUUAUUUCCAUAUUCAGUGCUUCAGGUGUGGUGUUUGCAAGGGACAGCUGGGAGAUGCAGCAAGUGGCACAGAUGUCAGGAUUAGAAAUGGUCUCCUUAACUGCAAUGAUUGUUAUAUCCGAUCCAGAACUGCUGGACAACCAACUACAUUGUGACAUGAUUUUCAGUCCUAAUAACUUUCAAGAAUGAACUCUCUCAUAUGUAUCAGCUGCCUCCAGACAAUCUCUAGUAAAAGCUUGAAUCCAUGGACAUGAUGGCUCUCAUCUCGUUUUUAAAAACUCACAAAAAAGCUGCACCUGCUCCUUUGAAAUACAAUAUGUUGGUUUUUGCUUCCUUAAGAAAUUUGCAAAAUAUGUAUGACCAUGUUUGGAAGGAAAAGCCUAAGUAUUAUAAAUAAAAACAAAACCAACUUUCAGGUAUGCUUAUGAUACCCAGUCUGUUACGUUGUUCUUUUGAAAGUAAUAAGAGAAUAAACAUGCAAUAAAGCUGUUUUGUUUUAAUAUUUCUAGCAAUUAAAAAAUUUAAGUUUACAGAACCUUUAUAGAAUAUGCCAACUUGAGCUGAGAAGUGAUUUUGAGAUAGUAUCUAAUCAGUGCAUUUGAAAAACUAAACAUCGCAGCACGACUUCUCUGUUAUAACUGAAGCUAUAACUUUUUUUAUACAGAGACUAGUUUGAUAAUACAUCCUGUAAUUCUGAAGCAUUUUGUGUUUAUAUUACCUUCAAUGGAGGGUAGAAGUUAAACGAAUAAAUUAUUGCACCUUUAGUCAUAGGAUUUUUUGUUUGUGUACCUCAAGUAAUGUUCAUGUCUAUAGCUUAAUAUUCUCUGAAAUAAAGAUUUCUUCAUUAAACCUAAAGAUUGCAUACCAUUAACAAUGGAAAAAUUCCCAUCAGGAGAAAUCCUUCUUAGUAAGUUCAGCAGCCUGUAUUGUUAUUAAACUCAUUGAAAGGUGAUGUGGGGGAGAGGCAGCCGAGCAGGCAGACCCAGCAGAGUUGUGAGUCUCUGAGUUGCAGUGGAACUUUUCUCUUUGGCAUCUAACUUGCCGAUUGAUUUGAAUGGGCUGGAAUCUGCUCGUUCACUUGAAAACAUGACACUUGGUUGAAAUUUCAUGCAGAGAAACAUGUGUGGUUUGGGUACUGCCCAGGGUAGAGAAUUAGACAGCCUUAAACCUGUGUUCCUCCAUCCACUACCCAAAAAUAGUCAACAAAACCCAGAAGUGUGGAGGAUUGCCAGGGAGGAGGCUGGAGCCACAGGCAGAAAAACUACCUUGCCUGUGUUUGGGACAGUUUUCCUUUGUGCUCUUUGAUUAAGUAUAUGUUCCUUACUAAAGUGAUCCAGCAGCUCAUUGAAACAGAGGUUCAGCAGGCAUCUACAAUACUCAGACAAAAUUAGGGAAUGUGUUGCAACUGUAAAAUAUCCUAGCACUUUUUGGUAAACAGUUACUGGAAAUAUCUUCAAAUGGAGGGGGAAAAGAAAUCUUUUUCUGCCUUAAAACCACUAUAAAACUAAAUGUAUAGAGAUUUAUUUUAUCUAUGUGCAAAUUUGUCAUCUUAUGAUGUAUUAGUAAAUAGAAAUGAGGUGGUUAGUAGGGAAGCAAUAAUUCUGAGUUGUUCUCUAGGUAGCAAUUAUUUAUUGAAAUGCUAGACAGUUGCUUGCAUGUGAGUUGCAUAACCAUGCAAAACUGUGUGUCAUCAAACACACACAUGUGAUGUCAUCGGAGGACAUUGUGACAUAUUACUUCUUAAAUAUUGUGCCUUAGAAAAUGCAAAGCUGUUGCACACAGUCAGCAAUGACUUAUGGAUGCAAUAAAUCCAAAAAGCUGAAGUCCUUCAUGGACUUCACCUGGGGAAUCUUUUUAAUUAAAAAUAAAAUAAAUCAGACAAAUGUUUUGGAAUUAAAGUGAUAUCCUAUAUUUUAAUCAACCACCUGCAUGAUUUACUGUUAAGGGGUUUUGAUAACCAAGAUGCUUACUCUUUGCUUGUGGUUGUUGUAACAUUUUACCACAAAGAAUGUGCAACAUGGAAAUUCAAGAAUCAGAUUUCGUAACUGACGUGGUACACCUGUAUAACUCCAUGCGCUGCAUUAAGGAUAUGUAAAUAUAUGAUGUCUGAACCUAAUUUUUAAAUGAGACUGUGCAUGCUUGUGCAUUUAUUUGAUAUGAGUCUCUAGCACUGCUUCACCUAUGUGAUAGACUAAAUGUGCAAAUCAGUCCCCAAGUGUAUCAAAGGGUUGGUUGUCUCAGAGGUCAGAUCCGCUUCUCAUUCAUGUAGGGGUAAGUGCCCAAAGGGCUUAGGAGCAUGGUUGGGUUAAAGUGCAUGAACAAGGGGGGUGGGAUAUUGCAUCGCACUGCAGACACAUCACUGGGUCUCUGGAGCUGCUUAGAAAUUGAUCCCAGUGUCUAUCAGAUAGUUCUGUAUAUGCAUGUUUUAUCUAAGUUGAUUGUACGUAAAGUGAAAUGAAGCAGCGCUCAAUGAUGACAAUUUUUUCCCCUAAUGAACAUCUAUUCACCAGCACAGAAUAAUUUUCAGCAGUUUUCUAAAUCGUACUUGCCAGCUUCUUAUGUUUGAUUUUAUCUUCCCUCUGGAAUCUUACAUGGCAAAUUCAUUCAGGCUAAGAUUUUUUUUUUUUUCAAGUUUAAACACAUUAAGAUGAUACAUUUCUAGCCAGGAACUUUGAGCACAGAAAAAAAUAAUGCUUUCCUACAUUUGAACUGCAAUGUAAAUGUAUUUGUUGCAAAAAAUGAUUUAUUAUUUCUGAGCAAGUACAAUAUAUGUAAUGGGUUUUAGAUGUUUUGGAAUUUAUUUAGCCUCUUACUACUUCAGAGAACCUGAACAGGUGUCAUAACCCAUCUGUAUUUUACAAGCCCAUUUUCAUGGUGUAUUUUUUUCUUACUCUUGCUAUGUAGUGUUAUUGAUGCAGUACAUCUGUAGUUUUCAGUGAAUGUUGUAAAGGUUGGUGAACCAGAAGGGGACCAUCCUUAUCUGCAUGUCCAUUCAGGGACAAGGAUUGCUCUCCUUGCUGGGGCUAAUGUUGAAUACCAAUUAUGCUAAUCUUCCCUUUAUUUUAUUUAUUCUAAAAUGCCUCUGGAAAUUAGGAAAACUUGUCUAAAACUCAACAGCUUUUAUAGUAAAUGUAUGUUUAUAAAUAAAAUGUUGAUUACCU